AUUUUGUUUCAGGUCAUAACUUAAAUUGGUGGGUCAGUCUGAAAGUGGAAAAAAAGACUUCGGCAGUAGAGUUCGUUUGGCUUCGGUAACAUCAGCAGGAGAAACCAAGAUGAUGAAAAAGUGGUGCAUUAUAGACCACAGAAAAUAAUCAUGCAGUUGUCACGUGUGCAGUUAAAUCAUAGAUAGUGUAUUUUUCAUGCUCUAGAUUGAUUUGUCUGAUUCCCCUCUAUUUGUACAACUGAUGUAGAGGAUCAUGGAAGGAGAAGAGACACAAGAGGUUGAGGACAAUUCUUCCUCUGCUACCCAGCUGUCUCAAAGCAGUGGGGUCCCAUCCCUGCCCUCAGGGAACAGACUUACAGAAAUAAGUAUUACUACGGACAUCUCGGACUCUGAGACAGAGAGUGAUGACAAAUGUUUGUACGAUAGCAUGAAACCUUUAUUGUUCAAUAAGGCAGGUUUGCCCAUUUUAGUUGAUUUAGCACAAGAUACUAGUGAGAGGUCUUUGGCUGAUGCAGACAUGUUUACUUGGUGUGGUGAACAACAGGAUGCUGAGAAGUCAAGACUUAGAUCUCUUGCGAGUAUGGGAAGUAAGCCUGUAAAGUUUAAGCCAUAUGUAAAUGAGGAUAGAGUUGGCAGUGAUGCUCUUCCAAAGGUUUCAAACACUACUGAAACUCUUUCAGAUGGCCUUUCCUUGGGUGAUGUCAAGGUUACCCUUCAAGAAAAUGGCAAUCUUCUGAGUGACAGAGGAUUCCUUAAUGAACUUCUGAAGUCCAUAGAUGAGAAGAUUGCUGAAGAUAUUCCCUUGGAGAGCCAAAAUAUCCAUCAGACAGGUCCUCCAACAAGGGAUCCUGGACCAGACUUAAACUGGAAUGCCAACUUGAAACUGCAAGUGUCAAAAGUGGGGAAGGAAGGCCCUUUCCUGGUGCCAAGAUAUGGGUCUCAGGAGAGGCCUGAUCCCAGACAGAAGAGUUGUUCUAGUCAUAAACUGGCAGGAAGUAGAGCAGGACAUCAGGGACUUGACAGUAAAUCAAAAUUCAUACCAACAAAUGAUGAAAAUAAGCAACACUUGAACUCUACAACUGAGCCCCCACCUCUAGAUGGUAUUCUCUCUCAGUUUGGUCUGAAACUAACAUCCAGAGAUUGGCAGAAGAUUCCAGAAAAGCAUGUAAAGUUUGACAAGGUGCAUUUUGAGGUUUCAUCAGAGUCUGGCACCGAUGCAGACAUGAGUAGAGGCAAAAGUGAAGCAGUAGGCAGAGAAGAUGGAGAGCAGCUGCAUUUGAUGCAGUCAGCCAGAAUACUGAAAGAACUGACUAAUUUGCGAUGGACGCUGAAUGGGUGGUGUAGUGUGGAAGCAGAUCCUCCAGUGGAUCAUAAAAGUACACUGCACUUCUUGCAACAGCUACUAAGUAUGCUUCACACUCACCAUCUGCAAAAAAAGUAUGCUGAAGAGGAGCUUAUGAAGUCCCAAAGUGAACUAAAGAGACUAGGCAAAGAACUGUACGUGUUACGAGGGGCACAAGAGAACCGAGAGGCCCGUCUUUAUGAAGCAGACUCCCAGCUAGGACAAAUGCAGAAGGAUUGGUUGGGUGUACACAUGAAAUUGCAAGAUGAGCUUCAGAAUCAUCACAUGGAAGUCCAUGAAUUAAAACAGGAAAGAGAUUCUUUACAAGAGGAAAUUGGUCUCAUGAAAAAAGACAUGACCAAAAUGAUGGCCACAAUUAAGAGUCAUGAGCAGUCAAAAUUUACUCUAGAAGAAAUUCAAGGACAGCUUUCAGCAAGUAGAAAACAAGCGAUGGAAGUUGUUCAGGAAAAUUCUCGUUUGAACCAGCACUUGACAGAGAAGGAGAAGUCACUCCAAGAAUUGGAGAUGGUCAAGCUCCCCCAAGCACAGAAAGAUUUGGAAACAGUAAGAAAAAAGCUUGAUGACUUGGAGAUAGCCCUUGAGCAAGUGGUGCGAGACAAGGCUCACAUAGAGGGUGACCUGAGACUUCUUCAGGACCAGUACAAGACACUCCUUGAGAGAGUGGUUGAGGAGGAAGACAAGAAAGAACAAGCUCUCAAGGACAAGUGGCAAGAGCACAAGAAGUGGAAUAAAUAUACCAGACCUUGGGUUAGGUCACUCUUCUUCUAGCGACUCGGAUGGAAGUGUUUUUCAAGAAGGCAAGCAAACUGUAAGACAGAUCAUUGGAGGUUCUCUCAGUGUUAUCUCUGCAGACAAGCAUCAAGAAAGCAGUGAGAAAAUUAGAGCAUGGAAGUCAGGGAGUAACAAAUUAUUUAUGCCCCUGAGGGAUGGAUACUGUGACAAAAAUGUGUUCCUCCAAAGUCAGGCUGAGAGAGAGUACAGAUCACUUCCAGAUUUGCAGUCUAAAUCAGGACACUUGAGUGCUCCUGGAGAAAGCUUAAUGGCUGAUUGCUUAUCAGGAGAAUAUCCCUCCAGUGUGGACUUUAAUACUGAGAAUGAGAGCACAAAGCCAAGCAGGAAGAUGUAUGGCCAAGCAUCUUCACUGAAACCUAUCAAGCAGUCAUUUGGUAAGAAAAUAUACAAGGCUUCAGAGAUCCUGCAGUCCAGCGACAUUACUGAUGAUGAGAGGAUUGAUCAGCCAGUACCCAGUCUGAGCCAAGUCGAUCAGGAUAUGGUCAGACUAUUGCAGGAGCUGAAGAAGAUGAGAACAGACUCAACGGCAUCAGAGAGUGAGCCCCCAACCCAUGACACAUCUUUUGACCAAGACCCAGCAAGCAUCACCUUGCAUAAACUGAGCCAAGUGUCCACAAUCUUAUCUCAGUAUGUGGCUCAGUCACCUGCAUCCUAGUGGGUCACUGGCAGGGGAUACCAUCUACAUUAAUGUUCCCAGGUGAGCUUAACCUGCAUCUCCUGCAGCCAGUACUGCUAGUCAUACUUGUAUCAGUAAUGUGCUUCAGAUUUAUUUCAGAGUUAUUAACUAUAUAAUAAUUGGGUAUUUUUACUUGUAUAUAUUAACACCUUGGAUCCGGGUGCUUUGGUGCCAAUAUAUGGCCUAAAACAUGCUCUGACGGG